CAUCCGCCAUAUUGGAAACAUCUCCGACUUCCCCAGUUGGAUUCUGCUAGGAUACUGGACUUCCCCGUCCCCCGUGUAUAUAGAGUGCGAGUAUAUGCGUGAAGCUUUUUUGUUGAGAAAUCCCGGCAUUCCCAUUCCGUUCCUGAAAGGAGCUUCUGCAGCUUUUUUGAGGUGUUGAACGAGCCGAGGAAUCCGGUUCGUUCUACGGCGAUAGCGAAUCCUAAAUGAUUGCCUGUAGGCAGCAUGUCUGCAUUGUCGGGGACUCAAGCGAAGGGGGAGAAAGGAAAGUCAUCCAAGUACACGUCAAUAAAUAUAAACAACCUCUAUAAGGGGAAGUCUGUUGAAACUCAGCAGAAAGCUAUAUCUCAGAAGCAUGGCCUUCAAAGUCUCGGAAAAGUAUCUUCAGUGCGGCGUAUGCCGCGACCCGCCAAUCUCCCUAGCUUGAAAUCUGAAAAUUCAGGAAACGAUCCAAACGUAAAUCUUGUGCCAACUGGAGGAACAGGAUGGGGUGCCAAGGAAGGACCACCUUCACCUCAGUUGGGAGAGGAGAAAAGUCAGGUGAGUGCUGGGUCUGGUGCAGGGGCAGGCAUCGAGACACCAACACCACCUCCCUCCAAGAUGUCCGAUGGACUUUACAGUUCUAUAACACAACCAGUCCGACCAAGUUCAAGAGAUGGGAAGAUACCGCAGUCUGGGUUUAUGCAACACGGAGAGUCUUCAGGUCGAGGAGGCGACAAAACCUGGUCCAACAUCACUUCAGGAGGUCCAGGUCCUCAUGCACCUUCAUAUCUAGGACACCAAAGCCCAUUCUUCCAACAAGAAUUCCCACAAUUGGCCACUCAGGGGCAGAGUGGGUCAGAUGCAUCUGGAUCUACUGGGAAGAGCGGCCGUGGAGACCAUGCAGCCACUUACGGUCCUGGCCCAAGUCUAAGGCCUCAGAAUCGCGACUCAUCAAGCAGGGGCAGCUUGGAAAGCCCUGUGGGCCCACCUUCGGGUCUGGGCCAGGGAGGCCCUAUGCAACAGGGCCCUCACCAUCCCUCCAAUUUACCACCUCAUAUGGUUCCUAUUCAUCCUCAGUAUAGAGCCAUGCUUCCUCCAUAUAUGAUGCCAAGGAAUUAUGCACCUGUUUCAUAUGUUCCUGGGAGGAUGGGUCCAGAAGGUGGUAGGUACCCCUAUCCAGAAUCUAGGUUCCGAGGUCAAGGUAGGCAGUAUGAUGAUGUUGAAGGAAUAAAACCAAUUAUCAAGCAAGAAGAUUUAAGCCACAUGGACAGACUGUCAGAAGAUAAAGACAGUGGCUGGGCAGGAGCUGAUGAUAGCAUAGAUUAUGACAAGAAGUUGACAUUUGGUGAUGAGGAUGAAGACAGAGAUGAUCAUAAGCGAGAGGGCAAAAGUGAGAAAGUUUCCAAACAGGAUGAAAGAGCAUCUGAUGAGGAGAAGGAGCGAAGUGGUGGUGAACGCGACCAUCGUGGAAUGGAGGAUAUGAGACGCUGGCCUCCUGAUGGACAGUUUCAUCCACAGUUAUGGCCUAGGAUGGCUCCAUUUGACUAUCGACGCCCCCCUGCCCCAGGCAUGGGAUAUCCACCUCCGUUUCCUCCUGGACCAGGCUAUCGCAUGCCUCAUCAAAUGUUUGGUCGAAUGAUGGAUGAAGAGGAACACCUUCGCCAGUGGGGGAAGCGACAGCUGGAGCAGGGUGAUUAUGUGGUGCACCGCCAUGCUCCAGCUCGCAUGCGAGGGCCCUCAAAGGAGCCUCCUGACAAGCAAUCUUAUGAUGAGGAAGAGCAGCUUCGUCAGAAGCGCAAAGACAUGAUGGCCAUAGUAGAUAAGGGCAGAAUGCGGAACAAAGAGGCUGAGAAGGCUUUCGAAAGUGAUUCAAUACCUAGUGAUGACAGAAGUUUGGAAGAUGAAGAUGAAGGUAUAAGACGGCGGGAGAUUCUGCGAAGUGGAUCAAAUUCAAAUAACCUGCCACCACGUCUUCAGAGACAGGCAGCUGAUAUGAUACAUCGUGGUGGCCCUGGCAUUGGUGGAGGUGGGAGUGCCAUUAGUGGUGGCAGUGGAGGUGGGUCAGGUGCUGGAGGAGAAGGUGGUCAAGCUUCAGUUGGACAUUAUCCUAUGACCUCUUACACUCCUUGGACAAGCCGCAUGCAUUCUUCUUACAUGCCCGUUGGGCCCCCUCCAGGAAUGCGACAUGGUCGUUCAGACUCUGAGAACUCCAAAGACAUGGAUCUAUCAAGAGACUUAAACAGGACUCAAGGAGUAUGGGAAUUCUGCAUCCUUCUUGCUGAUUUUUAUGUUCUGUGCUUGCAAUCCUAUUACAUCCCACCAAUUGUCAACAAACCAGUGCAGAAAGAUCCCUUUGAUGAAGGCAUUGAGCUAGGAGAUCGAGUGCAUGACAUGAGGGAAAAGAAGUUGAGUUCUGAAGAGAGCCCUAAAGACAGAGAGCAAGAGAAACAAGAACUUGGGAAGAGGCAUUCUGGAAGGCGUGAUCAAGCAAUGGGUAGGCGAGAUCGUGAGAAAGAGAGAGAUGAGAGGAGGGAUCGUGAGAGAGAUGGUUACGAGAGGAGAGAUCGUGAGAGAGAUGGUUAUGAGAGGAGGGAUCGUGAGAGAGAUAGAGAUGAGAGGAGAGAUCGUGGUGAGAGAAGGGAUAGGGAUCGAGGUGAGAGGAGGGAUCGAGUUGGUGAUGAGAGGAGGGAUCGAGUCGGAGAAGACAGGAGGGAUCGAGUCGGUGAUGAGAGGAGGGAUCGAGUCGGAGAAGAAAGGAGGGAUCGAGUGAGAGACGAGAGAAGGGAUCAAGAUCGGGAUAAGGAGAGAGAGGGGGAGAGGCCCAGUUAUGAAGGAGAGAAAGGUUCAAGAAGAGAGAAGUACAGGCCUCGGGGUCAUGAUCAUGAGAAAGAGAAUGUGACUUCCAGGGGAAGCUCUUUGAUGAAGGGAGUGAAGAAGUCAGUAAGGCCAUAUGGCAGUAGAGAUGGUGAAAUACCUUCUGCAUCAUCUUGGGCAGAAGCCAUGGAGGAUGAAGACAACAGGGAAAUAAGUGAAUCCAGCAGAGCCCCCUUCGAGGAAAAGCCCAGCUCCCAGAGAUCAUCACACUUGAAUGCUCCUGCACCUAUAUCCCGACAACGGUUUGAAGAUAAGGAGCGAGCGCGGGGAAGUUCAUCCAACUUAACCCCUCUGACACGGGAAAAGAAGGGUCAAGAAAGUAAGAGGCAGAUGCAGCCUCUCUCCAAGUCUCAGUCUCAUUCCAUGUCCAGCCAAGAGAAGGGAGAAAAGCAAGAGAAAGGGGAAGAACUGGUAAAAGAUGUCCCUAAUGCUUGGAAGAAACUACAGAGUGAUUCAAAGGCCCUUUCCUCAGAACCUAGCCUCACAACAAGAACAUGGGCAGAUGAUGUAGAAGCAGAUGAAGAGGCGUUACAAGCCAAGGAACAAGAAAUUGGUGAAAUAGGUGAGACUCGAAGGGAAACAGAGUCUCCAUCAACUGCAUUCAAGACAGACGACAGUGACAAAUCUGCGAACAGACAGGGUGGUCGAGGGAAGUCUCAGCGUGAUGCUUGGGGUCGCCGUGGUUCAGGCCGAGGACGCGAUGGCUCCCAUGGCUAUCAGGUAUAUCGGAGCUCCAGUCGAGGAGGGUCUAGAGGAAGAAGCAGUGGGGAUUAUGGUGGGAGAAGAGGACGCUUUCCAUCAGGCUCUAGGGGCCACAGUGCUAGAGGCGAGUGGCCAGGUGGGGGCCAAACAAAGGAUCUGAAUUUCACAGAGAAACAUGAGCAAGAAAAGGAGUCAGCUUUUGGUAAUCAGAAUGAACCUGACAAAAAGCCAAUGAAGUCUGGGGAAGGAGCUUCCAGGAAGGCAGGGGGUGGGGAAGUCAAUCCAUCGCCCAUUCGGUCAGGUGCAAAGGGAAGUUCAAAUAGCAAUGGCUUCUCUCCACGUGGAGAACCAUCCCGAAGAGGGCGUGGAGGGUGGAGCUCACGUGGUGGAAGAGGAAUGGCAAAGAAGUUAGAUGUCAGUGUUUAUGGCCCACCACAAUCCAUGAAACCAUUUCAUUCGGCAUGGAGUAGAAAGCCUGAUGAAUGUAGAGAUAGAGAUAGUGGUGAGAGCAUGAGAGGCCAAGAUGGACAUGGGGAUGCGGGACCCCCAUACAGAAAGCAGUCUGUGAAGGAAGAUAGGGGAAAGCCAGAAACUUCAGAGGGAGAAGUCUCAGCCAAGACUUCCUCUCAUUCUCAAGAUGACCACAAGAAUCAAUCACCCCGCAAGGCACGCUCCUUUGACGUGAAUUCAGUUCCACCGAGGUUUCGCAAAAAGGAUGAUUUUCGACGAGUUCCCCGUAGCACUGGGAGAGGAAGGGGAGCUCGAAGUGCUUAUCCACCAUCUCAGAGUCGUUCAUCUCUUGAAGCAAAUAAUGAGAAUGAGGACUGGGAAACUGCAUCUGAAGGUAGCACUACAACUGAAAAGAGAGGUAAAGAAGGUGACCAUCCUAAGGAAGACGGAGAUGGAGGCAGUGGCUCUGGUUCUCGAGGACAAAGCCGCAAAAGCUUCAGCAGUCAGCGCCCUGGGAGAUCUGGUGGAGGAGGAAAAUGGGGAAAUUCCAACUGGCAAAAUAAAGGAGGUCAUAAGGACCAAAAAAACGGGGGAAAGGGGGGCAUUUCAGCCCCCCAACCUCCUUUGAAUGGGAAGACAAGUAAGGAGAUGUCAGGGAAGGGGAAGGAGAGUAGUGGCAAUGACAAGAGAGGAUCUGGCCUGAAGAAGGAAGUCUCUUCUAGCCCUACACCAAAGAAUGCUUCCAGCAAUGUUUCAGGCUCCGAUGGAACAAGCAAGGAGAAGAAGGGAAAUGCUCUUGAAGGCAUUGAUCUCAAUAAUAUUGCAAGUGUUGUAAUAGUGGAUGAUCAGCCUCAAGUGUCUGAGGAAUUUGGCGGCUCAGAUGACUUUCAGGAAGUUUUAUCUCGUCGGUCUGCAAAAGAGAGGCAAAAGCAAUUGCAAGAAACUCAAGCAGCUGCUGGAGGGUCUCCAACAGAUGGCAAGAAAUCUCGGAAAGAUGCAGCAGAUAAGGACAAGAAAAAGUUUGCUCAAUCUCGUCAGAACCGACUCCCACCUCGCCUCAUGAAGCAAAGGGAGACGACACGGAGCAGCCAGAAUCGCCCAGGAAUUCAAGGAACAAAUUCAGGCUCCUCAGACAAACUUGAUGGUGAUGCAAGCAACUCUCCUGAACCCACUCUCAAUACAUUUCCAGUAAAGGAUGCAGUGAGCUCUGCUCCAGCUCCACCACCUCCUGUGAAUGCUUGGGAGAAGCCUAUUCCAAUAACUCAAACAAUGCGAGCUCCUCAAGGCCCUUCACAUGGGAGCAGUGAAGCCAUGGAUCUGCCUGAGAAAUCUACUCUUGAUGGCACCAACACUCCCAUGCCAACCAUCAUCUUUGAAAACACCAAGUUACGAUCCCUCACCCCAGAUGUUCCUUCUGUAUUUGGGAAAGGGAAAGUGGAAGACAAGUUCGGAGUCCUGAGCUCUGGGAAAUCUGUGACUGAAAGGAUUGACAUGGAUGAUUCUAUGAAAACCUCAGAUGAUCUAAAGAAGUCUGGUCCAAUGCAUCAUACUUUGUCCUUCUCAAAGGCAGAGGAUGUUUCAGGGGUGAAGCUGAAUUACUACCCUUCAGACUUAGACUCACUGAAUUCUGGUGUAUCCACAUCAUUGACAAGUGAAGAUAAAACUUCUAAAGGGUCAUCUAUUUCAGGGGCAUCUCUUCCUCGUUCUAUGCAAAUGGGCCCAUCAUCCCCCUACUCUCCCUCUACAGCUGACCUCAAUCAGAGAAUUGCCUCUGUGAAGAAGGUUUGGGAGACCUCAUCCAGUGUGAUGGAGCAGCCUGUUCCAACACCUGGCAUCCUUUCAUCCGGACCAUCAUCAGGAGUGGAAGAAAUCCCAUCUUCAUCCCCAUCAGUCUCCUUCUCCACAGCACCCCCACCUUUGCAGCCUCGACCAUUUGAAGACUCCAGCUCAGCUUCUUUUGGUGCUCCUAUGGAAGGAGACACCAGCCUCUCAAUUGAAUCCACAUCUGCAAACAGCUAUGUUGGUCACGGUCACAGGGACAUUUACUCAGUGUCAACUUCGGGAGACUCCAGCUCUUUGUCUGGAUCAGGUCCUGUAAUGGCAAACAUGUCACAUACAAGUAGUGGAAGUGAUCACACCAUCAUUCCUACAUCAAGUGUGGUUCCUACCUUGACCAACGUCUGCAAAGUGAAACCAACCCAGUUGCACUCAGUUCAAGCCAAGUCUCCUUAUCCCAUGGCUCCAGGUGCAUUAAUUGGACCAAAUGCUUCAGGUUCUCCCACUGGCCUAGGAUCACUGGCCUCUGCUUCUCAUGGCUUCCACCCACAGACAGGUCCAGGCAUACCAAGUGGACCAGCGUCUCUUGGGUUCCAGGUGAUGAGUGGAACUGGUCAUGCAUUUGGAGGCCUUUCUGCUAUUCCAUCUCCUCCUGCUAUGCCAUUAUUCAACACUCCUGCUUCUCAACAGACAGCCAGCAUGUUUCAACACUUCCCUCUGGAUAGUCAGGUUCUGGGUGGAGGUGGUAGGCCUGGUUCUGGCACCAGUGGGUUUGCACCUCCUCCGGCAUUCCUCCAAGCCCCGCCCACUUCACACCCAACAGAUAUUUAUCGCCUGGCUACAGCAUUCUCUUCUCAUCCUGGGGGACAUGGAGCUGGUGGUGGUGCCCCUCCAUCUCAUCCCCCAACAUCUCAAAGCCCUCUCCUUCUGGGAACAGGAGCAGGUGGUGCUUCCAAGACAAGUGGGAGACCAGCUCCUCUAUAUUUCUAUGAUCCUGGAAUGAUAGGAGGGGCACAGAUGGGUGGAGCACCCACUCCACGAAUUCAUCAACCAUCAGGGCCUGCAUCCAGUUUCUAUGGAGGAGCAGGAGGACCUCCCUUCACUGCCCCUCCCCCUGUACCUCCAACAACAGGCCAGACUGGGUUUUAUCAUCAGGCCCAGACCUCUGGACCUCCUACUCCUUUUGGACUUCAAGGGUUUGGCACGUCAAUCCCAAACCUAAGUGGGAAUCAGGGCCCCAUGAACCUUAACAACCAAUUUCGUGGGACAGGCCUUAACCUGUCCUCGGGGCUUUUGUACAAACCUACUCCAAAUGAUCCUAUGGACUUGGAUACCUUCUCUCCAUAUUUUCCUUCAUCUGGAAUGCAUGGUGGAAAGUUGAUGACUGGAGGAAACAGUGGUAGUGGUGGGAAUCACAGAAGCAACAAGCUGAAUACGUUUGGCCAGACUCAUUCUUCUUAUGGGAGUUCUUUUGGGCAUUGUGGUAGCGGAGGUGGUCGCAAUCACAUGAUCCUCUCCGGAUCUGGUGUGAUUCCUCUCAGCACAUCAACUCCACCUACUAUUGGCUCAUCUAAUGCCAAUGGAAUGGCUGCUCCUCGAUUCCCACCCCCAAUUCAGCGGCCCCAUCAGCACAUGGGGUCAGCAAUGAAGCCCCCUUCUAGUGCUACAGCAUCCACUACAGUGGCCCCAACUGGGUGUAGCAUGGAGAAAUCUGUGGAUGGAGGAGGAAGUGGCAGUGGAAAUGGUGGGAGUUUGAGCACCAGCUGCCCUACCCCAGGAGGUGACAAAACUGCCCCUUCCUCUGCAUCCCCUGAAGUUUCUCUUCAACAGAAUGAUAUCCCCAGCUCUGAAGCACUUUUCCCCAAAGGAAUGGCUGGAGUUGGAGAAACCAAGUGCAAAGAGAUAGAAUUGGUUCCAACAAAGGCCCUCUCUUUUGUGGAGCCGCUCAAUGGCUCUGGCGAUGAGAAACUCCUGGAAGGGUCAAAGCAAAAGGGGAUUCUCGAUAGAGAAAGCCCUACUCCCUCUCCCUGUGAGGGUGUGGCCGUCGAUCGAGAGGCGUCUUCCACCGACUUCAUUGGGAACGGGACGCUUCCAGAGAAGACAUCAGACACUCCUUCUCCUCUGCCCCAGGAGAAGGGACAAGGGAUCAAAGUCUCAACGGUCAACACAAUUGAAGCUGCCCCCCAGACUUAACUCCUUCCAGUGGCAUGUGUCGUGAAUUGUUGCUCGAAAGUAGGAAAGCGAAAUUUGCAAGGGUUUGUGGAGACUUGUUUAUGCAGGAAUCUUCACCUCCUGGGAAGCAGGUCCAUGAUCAGGUUUUCUAUUCAUAUGUCAAAACAGAGAACAAGAAGUGUCCAAGAGAAGGUUGGCUCAUCUGCCUUCCAUCCCACCUAACUGAGGGAUCAAUAUUGACCUUGUAUUUGACUGGGAAUAUGACAUUCAUUCAGAGAUCUUUUUGUCAGUAUUACUCAACAAGAUUUGGCCCUCAUUACACUGCUGUCAUGUCCUUGUGACUUAUUGCCAUACUUCAAUCCCUUAAGUGAAGCCCCAUACACCCAACGGCAAGUUAUUCUGUAGAAUGCGCUGGGUUCUUGAAACUGCACAGUCUGUUGUGUGGAGAAAAGGAGAGGCAAAGUGUGUGGUGCCUUCUUAUAGCUGGGAUGGCAAUAUGACACUCUUAGGUGUGGGUUUGGGAGCUUGUAAACUUCUAUUCAUUUCUCCAUUCUCUUUCCUCAUAUCAUCUUUUUGUCAUGGAAUUGCCCCUCAUAUUGUCUUUCCCUUGUCCUGGCACUACAAGGUACUGGUUGCUUCCAAUUCAAUCCUUUUUUUUUGUUCUAGAUCCUGUGUUUACACUUGGAAUAUUUUUUAGAAGGUAAAAAAUCGUGAGAUUCAAGCCCUUCCCAGGUUGCCUGUUGACCCCCAUUACUUGCCUACCUCCAUGCUGCUUGCACAGAGGAGAAUGGCACACAGUAGCAGGUGGAAUUAUGUGAAAAGGAGGUGUUGCGCAGCAGAAAUUGAUCGCACAGACAUAGCUGCAUGAAGUAUUCUUCUGUCUCAGACAGAAAGGAAAGGAAUCUGGAAGGGGAUUGUGGGACAAAUCAUUGGCCAUUUUUUUUGGCAAAUCAAGAUUUCUGCAUUGUUUUUGUUCCGUCUGCAAUAAAGCAAAAUUCUUUUGGUCCACCAA